AUGGAUAGCAGAACACAGCUGGAUAAGAAAGUGAUAAUAGAAGAGUGGAGCCAGCUUACAGAAUCCUCGCGCCAGCUUGUCUUCAUAACGGGCUUAGCGUCACUCCAGCUGGGUUACAACCACUGGCUCUGCUACUCGGACACUAAGCUCAUCCGAGAAUUUUAUAAUCUGACGUUUCACAGCGGGAAGAAAAAUGCCAGUCGAACGGAUACAACUCACACCGAGUGGGUGGUCGGUGUCGCGAGCAGCCUGUUCCCUCUGGGAGCCAUGAUGGGCUCACUUCUCGUCGGAGUCCUGGUGGAUAAAUUCGGCAGGAAACAGACAAUGAUGAUCAACAAUUACAUUUCCUUGGUGUGUUCCACGUUGAUGAUUUGGGCCAAACUUCAAAAUGGAUUCGUCUUUGCCAUGUGUUCGCGUUUCCUUAUCGGCAUCUCGAUGGGUAUUUUUUCCACCGUGAUUCCUAUGUACCUCUUAGAGACCAGCCCCCUCAAUUUGAGGGGUUCCAUUGGCAUGCUGCCCCAUAUCUUUCUAGUGAUCGGGGUCCAAACGGCUCAGAUAUGUGCCUUUCCUGAACUACUGGGCACCGUAGAAGCUUGGCCGAUACUGGUGAGUUUGCCUGGGCUGUUGGCUAUCUGGCAGAUCCUUCUGCUCCCUUCCUGUCCUGAAAGUCCGAGGUACCUGUUGAUACAGAAGAAAGAAGAAGAAGAAGCCAGAGAUGCUCUGAAGCACCUCAGGCUCCAGGGUGACGUUGAGGAUGAAAUGGAGGAACUCCGACGGGAGGACAUUUUUGAGAAGGACGAGAAGAAGAUGAACACCCUGCGGUUGCUGCGUUAUCGUCCACUCCGUUGGCAAUUGGUUUCGGUGGUGGUUAUAGAAACGGGCCAGCAGCUUUCCGGUGUCAAUGUGAUCUACCUCGGCAUUGAGGAAAUGCUCUAUUCUACCGGGUUAAGCCACGAAUACGCCCGAUAUUUCCAAAUGAUGACCACUGCCCUGUUAAUCUUGGCUAUCAUAUACGGGAUGUACAUUGUGGACAGGAAAGGACGGAAAAUCCAGCUUCUCCUUGGAUUUGGGAUGUCCACGGUCUUUUGCCUCUUGCUGACGGUCACUCGAGAUCUACAGGGUAAAUUUCCAUGGUUGGCUUUGCUCAACAACGUCCUUGUCAACUUCUUCCUGAUCAUCUACGCCGUCGGACCAAGUUCUCUGAUCAACCUGCUGGUCGGAGAGCUGUUUCUGCAAUCUGCCAGGUCCUCUGCUUAUGUCAUCGGACAAUUUUUAUACUGGUUCCUGAACUACCUAACCGUCUUAAACUUUGUCUACGUAGAGGAGUACAUCCGGCCUUACAGCCUCCUCCUUGCCAGCCCUGUAAGCUUGGGGACUUUUUUUUACAUCUUGAAGAUUAUCCCCGAAACAAAAGAUAAGACGUUUUUGGAGAUCCAGGGCCUGAUACCACUGUACAAGGUCAAGCACACCCCUGCCUAG